AUGGCUUCCAACCCGUCUGUAUUUACCACGGCCAAUGUUGCCGUGGCGCCUGAAGAUCCCUUGUUUGGUUUGAUGAAGGCCUAUCGCGAGGACCCCUCUGAUAAGAAAGUUGAUCUUGGUAUCGGUGCCUACCGUGACGACAACGCAAAGCCUUGGAUCUUGCCCGUCGUCAAGAAGGCCGAUGACGCCAUUCACAAUGACCCCAACCUCAACCACGAAUAUCUCUCCAUCGCCGGACUGCCCGAUCUCACAGCCGCCGCUCAGAAGCUGGUCGUCGGCGCUGACAGCCCAGCUAUCCAAGAGAAACGUAUCUGCACCCUCCAAACAAUCUCAGGAACAGGAGCCGUCCACCUAGGCGGCCUCUUCCUAUCCAAGUUCCACCCGCAAAAGCCCACAAUCUACCUCUCAAAUCCAACAUGGGCGAACCACAACCAGAUCUUCACAAACGUCGGCAUAAAGCUAGCAACAUACCCCUACUUCUCCAAGCAGACGAAAGGCCUCGACUUCACCGGCAUGAUCCAAACUCUGAAGACAGCACCACCAGGCUCCGUAAUUCUUCUUCACGCAUGCGCUCACAACCCAACAGGCGUCGACCCAACGCAAGACCAAUGGCGCGAAAUAGCAACCAUCAUGCGUGAGCGCAACCACUUCCCCUUCUUCGAUACAGCCUACCAAGGCUUCGCAUCGGGCGAUCUAAACCGCGACGCAUGGUCCAUUCGCUACUUCAUUGAGCAGGGAUUCGAACUCUGCGUCGCGCAGUCAUUCGCAAAGAACUUCGGCCUGUACGGCGAGCGUACGGGCGCUUUCCACUUCGUCUCUGGACCCGGCACUGAUGCUUCGACGGCUAAUGCCGCUAUAGCGAGUCAGCUGGCUACGCUGCAGCGGUCGGAGAUCUCGAACCCGCCUGCGUAUGGAGCGCGGAUUGCUAGUCGCAUUUUGAAUGAUCCGGUUCUGUUCGCGCAGUGGGAAGAUGAUCUGCGCACUAUGAGUGGCCGGAUUCUUGAUAUGCGGAGUAGUUUGCUGAAGCAGCUGCAGGCUCGUGGGACGCCUGGGUCCUGGGAUCAUAUCACUAGCCAGAUUGGCAUGUUCAGUUUCACUGGGCUUAACGAGGAGCAGGUCAAGGCCUUGCGGGAUAAGUGGCAUAUCUACAUGGCGAGUUUUACGAAAAAUGGCCGUAUCUCUAUGGCGGGUCUGAACACACAUAACAUCGAGUACUUCGCUGAGGCGCUUGAUAGUGUUGUUCGUGAGACGGUGUAG